UCGUGCUGUCACCGAGGCGAGCGAUGGGCCCUGCCGGGCGCCGUAGGCGCGCAGGCGCGCUGAUACGCCUCACGUCGGCCUCCCGCGGCGGCGAGAACCACUCCCCGGGUCACCAGGCGCCACUGCAAGGGCGGUUAAAUCCGACAGGUCAGAGAAACAUGGCAGCAAGGAGAAUCACACAGGAGACGUUGGAUGCUGUGUUACAAGAAAAAGCUAACCGGUAUCACAUGGACCCCAGUGGUGAGGGUGUAGGUGAAGGUCUUCAGUUCAAAACUCAAGAUCUUCUAAGGACAGUCCCCAGAACCAGAGCAGAUGUAUGUGAUGACAUUCACGGCGAUAGUAGGUACUCACUUAGUGGGUCCAUAGCUCACCCUCGAGACAGUGGGAGAGAAGGCCUUAGAGGUGAAGUCUUUCCAGGACCCUCCUUCAGAUCAAGCAAUCCUUCUAUAAGUGAUGACAAUUACUUUCGCAAAGAGUGUGGCCGGGAUCUGGAAUUUUCCCACCCUGACUCCCGAGACCAGGUCUUUGGCCACCGGAAAUUGGGACACUUUCGUUCUCAGGACUGGAAAUUUGCACUCCGUGGUUCUUGGGAACAGGACUUUGGCCACCCAGUUUCUCAAGAAUCCUCUUGGUCACAGGAGUAUAGCUUUGGUCCUUCAACACUACUUGGGAGCUUUGCUUCCUCCAGGCUAAUUGAAAAAGAAUGUCUGGAGAAGGAGAGUCGAGAUUAUGACAUCGACCAUCCAGGAGAGGCAGACUCUUUGCUCAGGGGCAGUGGCCGAGGUCUCAAAAUGGUUGACCAGGAGGGUGCCCUCCUGGGAAAGGGGGAGACUCAGGGCCUGCUCAUGCCAAAAGUAGGGGUUGGGAAACGUGUCACACUGAGAAGUGUGAGCACAAAAAAAAUACCCACUAUAAAUCGUGUGACCCCCAAAACUCAGGGCACUAAUCAAAUCCAGAAAACCACCCCAAGUCCUGAUGUGACUCUGGGGACAAACCCAGGGACAGAAGACAUCCAGUUCCCCACUCAGAAGAUCCCUUUAGGUCUUAAUCUGAAGGAUAUUCGGCUUUCCAGGAGGAAGAUGAGCUUCGACCCCAUAGAUAAGACCGAUGUUUUUUCAAGAUUUGGAAUAGAAAUAAUUAAAUGGGCAGGAUUCCACACCAUAAAAGAUGAUGUUAAAUUUUCCCAGCUUUUCCAGACUCUCUUUGAGCUUGAAACUGAAACCUGUGCUAAAAUGCUGGCCUCGUUCAAAUGUUCCUUAAAACCAGAGCACAGAGAUUUUUGCUUUUUUACUAUCAAAUUUUUAAAGCACUCUGCUUUGAAAACACCCAGAGUUGAUAACGAGUUUUUAAACAUGCUUUUAGACAAAGGUGCUGUAAAAACCAAAAAUUGCUUUUUUGAAAUCAUAAAGCCUUUCGACAAGUACAUCAUGAGGCUUCAAGACCGACUCCUGAAGAGUGUUACGCCCUUGCUCAUGGCCUGCAAUGCGUAUGAGCUGAGUGUCAAAAUGAAGACCCUCAGCAACCCCCUGGACUUGGCUGUUGCCCUAGAGACCACAAAUUCCCUUUGCCGGAAGUCUUUGGCCCUUUUGGGACAGACCUUCUCCUUGGCCUCUUCUUUCCGGCAAGAGAAGAUCUUAGAUGCUGUUGGCCUACAAGAUAUAGCUCCAUCUCCUGCUGCAUUUCCAAACUUUGAGGACUCCACUUUGUUUGGGCGAGAGUAUAUAGAACACCUGAAGGCCUGGCUUGUCAGCAGUGGGUGUCCACUCCAGGUCAAGAAGGCUGAACCUGAGCCCCUUCAUGAGGAGGAGAGAAUGGUUCCUUCUCUGAAACCCAAAAUGCAGCCCACGACCCCAAGUAUUCUGAGUGACGCAGCACCCCAACGAGCAGAUCACAAGGUGGUAGACACCAUCGAUCAGUUGGUCUCACGUGUCGUCGGAGGCAGCCUGUCUCCCAAAGAGCGAGCUCUCCUCAAGGAGGACCCUGCUUAUUGGUUUCUGUCUGAUGAUAGUAGUCUGGAGUAUAAAUACUAUAAGCUGAAACUGGCAGAAGUGCAACGGAUGACCCAGACCUUGCCUGGAGUCGGUCAGAAGCCAAUGGUGGCAGAGUGUGCGGUCCGUGCCAUGCUGUAUGCCCGGGCAGUCCGGAGCCUCAAGAAGAGGCUCCUUCCAGGGCGCCGUCGGGCACUAUACCUUCAACGGUUCCGGGGCUGGAAACCAAGAAGAGCGUCCACUGGCACCCAGACCCUCCUCUCCUCAGGCACCAGGUUGAGGCACCACAGCCGGCAGGCUUCAGGCUCCCUUCGGGGAAAGUCUCCCAAGCCAGACAGAAGUGAUAUUGCCAAGAACUGCCUGUCAGACCCAGCCAGACCCUCUCCUAGGGAUCCCACUUCAGAAAGCUCAGCCCCAUCACCCAAGCCAGUAGGAAUGGACACAUCGUUCCUGCAUGACCAAAACAGCUCAGCUUUCAAAUUCUAUCGCAAGAAAGUAUUUGAGCUGUGCCCAUCAAUUUGCUUUACAUCAUCUUCGUUGAACCUCCACCCUGGCGAGGACACCGAAUGUCAGGAAAGUGCCCUGGACCCUGGGGAAGAGGAAGGAGAAUCUGAAGAUGAGCCGCCCCAUCAAGAGGCUGAGCUGGAGAGCCCAGAGUUGAUGCCUGAAGAAGAUGAGGAGGAGGAGGACGAGGAGGAGGAUGAAGAUGAGGAGGGGGGUGAAGAAGCCCCUACUCCUGUAGGGACAUCCAGACUGGGAGGUGCUCCCAAGCCUGAGGGUAGUCCCCCUGCUGAUGGCUUCCCUAGUGAGAUGACUGAGGAUGGUCCAGCAGGUGCACUUGCCCUAUCACAGACUGCCUCGGGGUCCUGCUUCCCCAGGAAGAGGGUCAGCAGCAAGUCACUGAAGGUUGGCAUGAUUCCAGCCCCCAAAAGGCUGUGUCUCAUCCAGGAACCAAAAGUUCACGAACCAGUUCGUAUUGCCUAUGACAGGCCUCGGGGUCGACCUGUGUCCAAAAAAAAGAAACCCAAGGACUUUGACUUUGCCCAGCAGAAGCUGACUGACAAGAACCUAGGGUUCCAGAUGCUGCAGAAGAUGGGCUGGAAAGAGGGCCAUGGCCUGGGCUCCUGCGGGAAGGGCAUCAGGGAGCCCGUCAGCGUGGGAACUGCCUCAGAAGGGGAGGGGUUAGGUGCCGAUGGACAGGAGCACAAGGAAGACACAUUUGAUGUGUUCCGUCAGCGGAUGAUGCAGAUGUACAGACACAAACGGGCAAACAAAUAGAUCAAAACCAUUGGUGAGAAAGAUCAGGCUUGAAGCAGCAAUUACUCUUAAAACAUCAGCUCUGCCCGGAUCUGCCCUGGAACCAGUGCCCACAUACGGUUUGGUGUGUACCAAAAACAAAUGUCUGCAGUUUCUGGUGUGGAUUGUCCUCUGACUUUUCUUAAGAGAAAGAACUCAUUUCCAAUCUGCUUCUGCCUUUCCCCUCACCCGUGUCCCUUUGCAGUGGAUCCCUCUGGAUCUGCUGUGACCCUUCACAGGCAGUGCUGCCCAGGAGCACACCAGGGCUCUCAGCGCACAGGAGCCAGCCAUGCAGUCUUCCUAGCCAAAAGUCUCUGACAUGCCUUUAAACAAUACAGUUAGAUCUGUUGUCUUAUUCUCUAGGAUGUGAGCAGGAUAGAAAUGGGUAAUAGCUAACUCUAUGCCCUGGGACCACAAAUGCUGGCAAGAGCACUGAAGCCCCUUGAGCAAGGGAGAUACUCAGUUGACAAAUGUGGUAUUUAUGAAGUCUCUUAAGUACAUCCCAAGAGACUUAGACAUAUUUUAGCAGCAGUAUGAUAUAGUUGAUUCAGAGGGGAGUAAUUGUUAAACUAUGAAACUUUCCAGGUCUCUUGGAAUCCACAUAGCAAACUGCAGUUUGAUUUCUUUUACCCACAUAUGGAGUGUCUGCUGUAAUGGGGGGAGGGGUGUGAACUUCUCAGGACUCUUCAUUUGCUGCACGUGUGGCAGUGUAAAGACUUGUUUUAUUAGAGCCUUUGUGCAGAGCAGAAAGCAUCCUCUUGGGGUAGGCUCCGCAGCUGUUUGCUAUUUCAAGGCAUAUGAUUGCCACCCCUUCUAGCUUCUUGAAGCAAACAUACGGAAUCCUUGGGCUUUUGGAAUCUCAAUCCUCAUAAAGCAGCAGUGUUGAAGUUUUAAAUAUGUGCUAAAAUUUGGAAAACUUGGGACCCUGCUGAUAGGGAAUGCAGCAGUGGGUUACUGUCUCGGCUGCUCUUACUGGCUGUUAAGAAAUCCUUACUCUCAAAGCCACUGGCAUGCCACUGUCUUCUGUCUGGUCUGUGACCUGAGCCCUUGAGCACAGGCCUCUGCUAUCUACCUUUUCAGGAGCAGCCUAGGAACUCUGCUUGCUUCUGGUCUCUUCCAUUUGGCAGUCAGCACAUCUAUAUUGCCUUGGACCUGACUCAUGUUCAGGGGUACGACGGUUUUGGGGAACCCUAGCUAUGGGGCUUAUCUCCUCUCCUCUCCUGAUUCUUCCUAUAGCCUUUUAUGGUGUCAGGGGUCAGGAACCAUGGAAUUCUUAGAAGGGCCUCCAUAGUCUUGAGCAGUACCCUCAGCACAGGUUCUAGCUCUUUCUCUGGACCAUAACUCUGUCAUGUUUGCUCUGUUCUCAUAUGUUCAUUGUUUACUUUCUCCACUUUUAAAAGUAAGAUACUUUAGGAAAUCUUGGGGUAUGAACCUUCUCCCGGCAGCCUCCUGCCUUCCCUCUUCUUGGGGGCACUUGCUUUGCACUGACAGUGAGAACCUUUGGCAGAUGUCAAAGGGAACACCUCCUUGAGCCUGCAGAGUCCUUCCAGCACCAGAUGGUGCCUUUCCUGUGGAUUGGACAACCAGGUGGUGAAGGCGCUGCUGGGAACUAGGAGGCACGCCUCUGUCCUCCAGCUGGCUGUCAGCCAGGGCCCAGCGCACUGCCCUUUGCAGGAGCCUGGUGCAAAUAUGUGUGUGGUUGCAAGACCUUGUCAAAGUCACAGUGUCUUUUCUGUCA